AGUGUUAGCGCACCAAGUACCAGACUCAUUCGAGUGUAGUGCUUUCAGGUAUAUCCUACAGUGAGUUCAGGACUUGGUCUUUUGAUCAUUGCCAUUGAGCGGUUUUUCGCUACGAUGUUCCCUUUUCGUUAUCGUGUCUCAAGAAUGUACCCAUACCAUUUUGGUUUUGCGUUCCAAUUGUUAUGUUCCUCCUCUGCUAUUGUAGCCCUGCUUAUUUCUGUUAACGUGUUUAAUAUCUUCGUUAAAUACUUGAUCGCUUGUACACUUCCCGUUAUCUGUCUUUGCUAUGCUGCUAUCUUUGUCAAGUUCAAACUGCAGAACAGACAGCACGGGCGCCAGGCAUUACCCCAGACACAACAACGAGAGAGAAACAUGGCCAAGACCCUGGUCACCGCAACUUCCCUUACACUUUUGUGUUGCGUCCCGACUGUAAUAUUUGUCACUGAUUUUAGAAACACCGAGGCCCAUGUGGUGCUAGCUUGCUACUGUAUAAGGUUCGCUAACUCACUGGUUAACCCUGUGGUUUAUACACUCAGAAUGGACGGCUUUAAAAAGGCUCUCGUUAAGUACUUGUGUUGUUCACGUGUUCAGUUGCACCCAACAAAUGGUCCAUUUGUGGUAAGAGGCGAACGUGUCGCCAGAACCGACAACCUUCAAGACACUCCUUCUAGAGUUGUACUGAGCCGCGAUGUUUGUCCUGGCCCAAUCGUGUUCACAAGGGAAUGUGUGGCCAGGACCAAGAACCCACAAGAAAACACUUCUAGAGCUGUACUGAACCGCGACAUUUGCCAGGAAAGCUCUCAAGCAGAGGUCCCGUCGUUAUCAUCUUGCCCCGUCACCACCUCUCUGUAAAGGAUGAGGGGCGAAGUAUAAAAAUGUAUCAAAUGAAAUGUUCAAAAAUAAAUAUGACGUCGCAAGAGAAAA